CAUCAGAUCCAUCAGUUAACCAAACAUCAUCAUCUACUUUUCCCUAGAUACCGCUACGACGACGACGGAUUCCUAUAGACCACCCCUAAUCUCCUCCCGGGGAUAUCGAUCCCGCUAAAUCCAUCAAACUCCCUCAAGAAUCAAAGCCGCAGCCGCAACUACACACCAUCAUGCCACCACCUCCCCCUCCGCCGCCCUCGCGGCGCGCCGACUCCAAAGCCUCGGCCGCGUCGAAGGAAGAAAACAUCUACAUCCCGUCCUUCAUCAGCAAGCGGCCGUUCUACGCGGGCGAGGAGGGCGACGGCACCGACUACCUCGAGCACCAGCGUCUGCACAAGGCCAAGGACGACCAGUCCAAAUGGUACGACCGGGGCCGCAAGCUCGGGCCGGCGGCGACCAAGUACCGCAAGGGCGCGUGCGAGAACUGCGGCGCGAUGACGCACAAGGCCAAAGACUGCCUCAACCGGCCGCGCGCCAAGGGCGCCAAGUGGACGGGCAAGGACAUCCAGGCGGACGAGGUCGUGCAGGAGGUCGAGCUGGGCUGGGACGCCAAGCGCGACCGGUGGAACGGGUACGAUCCGAAGGAGUACCGCCGCGUCGUCGAGCGGUACGAGCAGCUGGACGACCUACGGAACCAGCUCGCGGGCGGCGUCGGCGGCGGCGACGACUCGAAAGACAAGGACGGCGAGGGCGGCGAGGAAGACGACGGUAAAGACAACGCGGGCGAGAAGUACGCCGAGGAGUCGGACAUGGGACGGCACCAGAGCACGGCGACGCGGCAGCUGCGCAUCCGCGAGGACACCGCCAAGUACCUGCUCAACCUGGACCUCGAGUCCGCCAAGUACGACCCCAAGACGCGGACGAUGGUCGACGCCGGCGCGACCGCCGACAAGGCGGCGGCCCUGUUCGCCGAGGAAGGGUUCCUGCGCGCGUCGGGCGACGCGGCCGAGUUCGAGCGCGCGCAGAAGUACGCGUGGGAGGCGCAGGAGAAGUCGGGCGACACCCGCCAGCACAUGCAGGCGAACCCCACGGCCGGCGAAUACUACCGCAAGAAGGAGCGGGAGGAAGCCGAGCGGAAGAAACUCGAGCGGCAGAGGAUACUAGCGGAAAAGUACGGCGGCUCGACGCACGAGAUGCCCGCGUCGCUACGAGAAGCCGCGGUCACGGAAUCAGAGCAGUUCGUCGAGUACGACGAGUCCGGCCUGAUCAAGGGCGCGCCGAGGGCCAGUGCCAAGUCCAAGUACGCCGAAGACGUGUACAUCAACAACCAUACCUCGGUAUGGGGCAGCUGGUGGUCUAAUUUCAAAUGGGGCUACGCGUGCUGUCAUUCGUUUAUUAAGAAUAGCUACUAUACGGGCGAGGAGGGCAAGCAGGCCUGGGAAGCGGCUGAGAAGCAGAGGUUGGGUGUUAAUUUGAUCGAAGAUGUCCCAGCCCAGGAGGAAGAGAAAGCCGCCGAGGAGAAGGCUGAUGAGGAGGCUGAACCAUCACGACAAGCAGGCAAGAAACGCACGAUAGAGGAGAUGAAGGGUGGUGUUUCGGAAGCCGAGCUCGAUGAGUACCGAAGGAAACGAGCGGCGGCGGAUGAUCCUAUGGCAAAGUUCUUAGGGAAAGAUGAGUUAGUGCGAUAGUAUCGGUCUCAUCGGUGGAUUACUUUAAUACAUUGAAAGAGUCAAAUCAGUAAAUCACAUAUCACGUAGAGCAUAAAUCAUUAAACGGU